AUGGUGAUGUGUAACCAUUGUCCAGAUCAACAUGACUCUUUAGAAGAAGACACAAUGAAUUUCUACUCGCCACCCACUCUGAUGGAGCUAACAAGACAGCGUCUACUGAGGGAUGAGUACUUGGCCAUUUCUGCUCUCAAGGACCUGCCCAAUAUGAUGUUCCCAGUGAUGUUUAAGGAGGCAAUUAUUGAUGGACAUACAAAGAUCUUGGCUGCCAUGAUACCUGUGUGGCCCUUCCCAUACCUUUCUGUAGGAACGAUGCUAAAGAACCUCAACUUAGACACUUUGAAGGCUGUUCUUGAGGGGAUAGAUAUACUGAUUUCAAAACCAGUUCUUUACAGUAGGUGCAAGCUCAGAGAGAUCACUUUGAGCCAUGAUUUGGUUGUGGUAUGGGCUGGAUCCCAUGAAGUUGAAGGCUUACCAGAGUUCAUGGAACAGGAGAACCCAGUUGAGAAUAGUCCUGGCUCCUACCUGAAACAGAUGAGCAAUCUACUCUCACUUACGCUAGAUGAGAUCAUAUAUACCCUCAAUAUAGAUGAUUAUAGAAAUCUUAAUGAGGAAAAAGUGAUUAAAGUGAUUUCUCAUCUUCCUACAUUCCACCAUCUCCAAGAACUCUAUGUACAUGGUGUCAUUUUUAUAGAAUGUCUCAGGUGCCUGAAGAAGCCCUUGGAGGUACUUUCAUUCACUGACUGUGACCUCUCACAGUCAGACUUGGAUUACCUCCCCUAUUGCCUGAAUAUUUUUGAGCUCAGAUCUCUCCACCUGAUUGAUGUACGUUUAAGUAAUUUACUUCUUGAGCCCCUUGGGUUUCUCCUUGAGAGAGUUAAACAUACCCUGAAAUCCCUGCAAUNGAUGUCAUGUGAAAUGGGGGAAACUCACUUCAAUGCCCUGCUGCCUGCCCUAAGUCAAUGUUACCAGCUCACAGUAGUUAAUUUCUAUGGUAAUGAACUCUCUCUGCUUUUCCUGAAAAAACUUCUACACCACACAGCUAAGCUUAGCCAGCUAGCUGAUGAGCUGUACCCUGCCCCUCAGGAGUGCUAUGAUAACAGGGAUGUAGUACUAUCACACAGAUUAGAAAAUUUUUGUUCUGAGCUCCUGGAUAUACUCAGGGCUAUAAGAGAUCCCAAGAAAGUCACCUUUGGUACAAUCAAAUGCUCCAUCAAGUGUGGUGGGUCCUUUGUUUAUGAUCUGGAGACCCAAUGUUGCUUUUUUGAAAAGAACCCUCCCUGGGCUUGA